UUUUACGCUGCCAUUUUGUCCGGCGGAGCAGCGAUCAGCCAGUCAGUCCUACCGAGAACCCAGCGAGACUUCUACCUAGCGGCACCGGACCACCCCGUCGGAUCCAGAACCAGCCCAGAAUGUGGUGGCGGCAUCCGGAGGACAGCACCAACUGAGCCUGAGCACCGCGAACGGAAAGCACCAAGCCACCGGAGCUGUCAUUUUUAACUCGGCGGGUCCGCCGGCUGCUCUCCCCGGUCACAGACUGCUCAGACUCCCCGGCUGGCUAGCUAACCCCCGCUAGCUGCUCGGCUAACACCCGCCGCUCCUCGCCGCUCGUCUACCCGGGACAAACCGCAUCUGUUCCGGCUGUCAGCGUCCCAGUCGCCCGCUAGGAGCUCCGGACAAUGCGCUGCUCGUUCGUGGGCGACUUUUCACGGCCGUGGGGGGUUUUAACGCACACUUUGCCCAGCGACUAGUGAUAGCUCGGCGGCUCCAGCUAACAAGUUGACGUGGAGGAGGAACUGGAGUUUUUUUUCUACUUCUUUUCUUUUUUUGGAUUGUCGAGAUUGCUGUUGAUGUUGUCCGAGCUGUGAUUCCACAAGGAUUACUUUUUACACCCACCAACAGGAGGGCUUUCCCCACGCAGGUCACUAACCAGCCAGUUAGCUAUGUUUAUUUGCGGUCAGAAAGUAUUUUCAAGUGUUUCCAGAUUCCACAGUGGGACUCUUUCCUGGUUCGAGUGCUGCAGCGGAAACAUUAGCUAACACAGACUAGCUCCCAUCGGUGUCGUCGUGUUUCUAGAUAGAUAGACGGAACUAACUGUUGCCAAACUAUUGAACUAUCAGCUGCUGAUUGUGUUUUUUUUUUUCUGCACCUGGAGACCAGCUGACUGAUCCAAACCUCCACUUCCUCCAGCUGACCGUGAAGUCACGUUGAGUUCGGAUCGUUAUCGAGAUAUUUUGUUUUCUAUCCGUUUUUGAGAGCAGAACCAGCAGAGAUGUCGGGCCAGUCUAUCACGGAUCGAAUCGCGGCAGCUCAGCAUAGCAUGACCGGCUCGGCCAUCAGCAAGGCGGUGUGCAAAGCCACCACGCACGAAGUGAGCGGACCCAAGAAGAAGCACCUGGACUAUUUGAUCCACUGCACCAAUGAGAUGAACGUCAACAUCCCCCAGCUGGCGGACACGCUGUUCGAGCGCACGGCCAACUCCAGCUGGGUGGUGGUCUUCAAAGCCCUCAUCACCACCCACCACCUCAUGAUGUACGGCAACGAGCGUUUCAUCCAGUACCUGGCCUCCAGAAACACUCUGUUCAACCUGAACAACUUCCUGGAUAAAGGAGCCCUGCAAGGUUACGACAUGUCAACCUUCAUCAGACGAUACAGUCGCUACCUGAACGAGAAGGCCAUGUCCUACCGACUGGUGGCUGUGGAUUUCACCAAGAUGAAGAGGGGUAUCGACGGCGUGAUGCGCACCAUGAACACAGAGAAGCUGAUCAAGACGCUGCCCAUCAUCCAGAACCAGCUGGACGCUCUGCUGGACUUCCAGGCCAACCCUAACGAGCUGACCAACGGUGUGAUCAACUCGGCCUUCAUGCUGCUCUUCAAAGACUCCAUCAGGCUGUUUGCGGCAUACAACGAAGGGGUCAUCAACCUGCUGGAGAAAUACUUCGACAUGAAGAAGAACCAGUGUAAAGACGCUCUGGACAUCUACAAGAAAUUUCUUUACAGGAUGACCAAGCUGUCAGAGUUCCUCAAAGUGGCAGAGCAAGUUGGAAUAGAUCAGGGUGACAUCCCAGAUCUCUCACAGAAAACAAAAGGAUCAUACAUUGCCCCCAGCAGCCUCCUGGAGGCUUUGGAGCAGCACCUGGCCUCUCUGGAGGGCAAGAAGACCAAGGAGCUGAACGCAGACACCAGAGCAUCAACCCUGUCCAGCGCCGUCUCGUCUCUGUCCUCCACCGGCAUGUCCUUCAGCCGCAUGGACGAGAAGGAGAAGCAGCAAGCCCUGGAAGAGGAGCAGGCCAGAUUGCAGGCUCUUAAGGACCAGCGCCUGAAGGAGAUCAGCAUGCAGACUCCACCCUCUGCCUCCCCCAGCAGCCAGUCGAUAGGCAGCGCCAACAACAACCACAUCACACAAACCCCGGAGUUGUUCAGCUCCACGCUGUCUGCCAACAGCGUGCCCAAUCUGAACAGUGACCUGUUUGAUCUUCAGCCGGCCUUCAUCCCCGCUGUGCAGAGCACUCCCUCCAUCUCCACCGUCAACAGUGCCUGGGGAGGACUGGAGAGCCAGCCUCUGCAGCAGACCGCCUCGGCCAUGACCGUAGAUUUCGAUGCCGUGUUUGGGAAUAAAGCCACACCCAGUAACAACGGCCCACAACCUGCAGCCGGUUUCGAUGCUCUCGGAGACCUGUUAAAGCCGACAGUUCCCACGCACACCGCACCUCCUCUUCCUCCUCAAAUGGCCAUCCAUCCUGGAGGAAAGCUGCUAGCCAACGACCUCGACUCCUCUCUGGCUAACCUCGUGGGCAAUCUGCAGUUUGGUGGGACCCCAGCCAAGAAGCCAGAGAUGCAGUGGAGCCAACCGGGAGAGAAGAAGCUGACGGGCGGCCAGAACUGGCAGAACAAGACCAUGUCGACUACACAGUGGAGCCCUGCACCAAUGGCGCCGCAGCCCAUGCCGGUACAACAUGUGAAUGGAAUGUUCUAUACUAGUUAUGCUCCGGCUCCCAUGGCUUUCCCCAUGACCACACCGCAAGUGCCUGUGUAUGGAAUGGUUCCUCCCCAGAUGGGUCAGAUGGGCGGGGUUCCUGUGAUGGCUCCUCAGCCCAUGAUGUACAACCAGCCUGUUCUCAGACCCACCAACCCCUUCGCACCGAUGCCCGGAGCCCAGAUGCAAUUCAUGUAAUCCAGUCGGGGGGGAAGCAGAGUGCCAAAAGCGACAAACAAACUAACAGCAGAAGAAAACACAAAAGGGGACGAUCGGACGGACGGAGGAGCGAUUUUCGAUGGAGCUUAAGCGACUUAAGAGACGACAAGACGACCGACUGACGCCAAAAGAGGAGGAGAUGAUGAAAUAGAGGAUGGACGGAUGGAUGGAUGGUUGGUCGGCCGUCGUCUGAAACAACUCCCUGCAUGCAUGUUAGCGUAGCUUCUCUGUUUCUUUGUGUUUUUAAAUCUUGCCGAUGGAGUGACGCCUAAGGAGAGGGGAUAAGGAUGAGCGAGAGAAAGACGGGAUCGAGGAAACCCUACCUCUGGUUUUCAGUCGGGAUGUGAAUGUUCUCCGCUGCAGAAUUAGCUUUAUUUCAUACUGGUGCUAUUCUGUCCUCUCUGGGCCACCGUCCGCCUACAAAGGCAUCUUGGUUGCACGUCUGAGAGGACAAGCGUGUGUUCAACUGUGUGUGUUUGUGUGGAGAAAUGUUCGCAGCAGUUGUUUCAGACGACCGACCGACCCGUCCUUCCCGUUCCCCGACUGUCCAUCCGGCGAGACACUCAGAGGCAAAUCUUCUCAAGUGUGUUUCCUGUAAUUUUUCCGCUCUGUUGGGAUACCUUUGUAUUUUUCCCUUUCGUCAACCAUGUCCUGAAUGUCAUUGGGGCUUUGUACAGCAAUCUAUUGGAGCAUCUGUUAAUAGUAGCCAAACAUUUGUUGUUAUGGGUUUUAAAGCUGAAGACUUUUGUUACUGCAUUUUCUUUCUUCCUUUCUAAAGCUGCAGAUGCACACAGAGAAUGGCAAGCUAGUACCGUCCAGAGACGUUGCAGCUGUUGGGAAACCCCUUCCUUAGAAAAUGUUGGGUUUAAGGCCUCGUCACAGCAGGACAUGAUACAGCAAAGUCAAUCCCUUUGUCUGUGGGAAGUGUUUGGUUCGCUAACUUUCAUGCCAGUUGUGCUAGCUGGUUGCUUAGCUUAUGCCGAUUAUUCUUUAAUUAAUUCUAUUAAGAGAGUGGCAGUAGCUCUUUAAACCCUCCGAACCCCCAAAUUUGCCAACAGGUUUGGAAGUCAUGCUAUCUUUACAAAAAAAAAAUAAAUCCAAAUUAACUCCAUUCAUCAACUUCUGGACAGUUCUUGAACCACUCAACUGGAAAACCAAACCAAACCUGAGCUUAGAAUUGUGAUGUUAAAGCAAAAUCUCUUCAUUGAUUCAUCUGUUUGUCUGUGGAAAAUGUUUCACUGGAAAACUAAGCGCUACCACUCAUGCUAGUUGUGCCAGCCGUUUAUCUUAUUAUGCCGAUUGUUCUUUAAUUCAUUGUCAUUAAAGAGAGUGGCAGGAGCUCCUUAAACCAUCUGAACCCCGAAACUUGCUGGCUUGGAAGGCAUGUUGUCUUUCUUUCUUUUCUUUCUUUUUUUUUUUUUAAAAAGACAAAUUUACGGCAUUCGUCAGAAAGAGUUGUUGUGUUUUUAACUUUUAGACAGUUCUUGAACCUCUCAACUGUCAUACCCAUAGCACUGGAAACCAAAUCUGAGCUUAAAAUGGUGCUUUUAAAGCAAAAUCACUUUAUUCUACAUGUCUCAUUCAAUAACUUGACCAAAAAAUGUCCACCAGAUUUUGUAAAUAUGUAAAUUCUGCACAUUUUGGGGUUGUGCAGUUGUCCAGAAACAUGCAGGACUUCAUAUUUCAGUCAAUAAUCCCACAGAUUGGCUUUCAGAUGGUUAAGGUAGCUUGUCCUCUGUCAGUUAGCAAGCUUGCUAGCUCGGUUGCUAAUGCUAACGUCAACAAACCAAUUCCCCAUUUUUGUGCAGCAGAUAUUUGAAACUUGUAGAAAUGUUAUUAAGUUUUCCAAGUUUGUUCAAUCUCCCAGCCACUUUGGUGAAUGACUAAAGUUAUUUUCCUGCGAUCCUAACAACGAACUUGAAACUUUUUGAAGUCCCAUCCCCCGUCCAGUCCAGCAUCAACAUAUAGUCCAACAGGUAAUUAACACUGGAUUGUUCACAAAGCUGUUUAGACAGCAGCUUUUGGUUAACAGCAAUGAUUCAACCGUUGACUUUAAAGAUUGGAUUUUCCAAGUAAACGUUGCUCAUUAUGACUAUUUUCUGUCCUAAAUGUUUCUGUGAUGAGGCCUUAAACCAGGUAUACCCGUCCAUCCAAGACAGUCAGAUGGAAUAAGUGUGUGUUUUUCUUGGGCACUUCACGGUGUUUAUUAGUAUCAUUAGCCUGGCUGACAGCAGCUGGAUGACCUGUGUCUAUCUCUUUUUCUGUCUUCAUUAGCUCACCAACCACAUCCUAAAAGGUUUCUAAAAUGAGAGCUUUUUCAUUAGCCACCACCUCUUGGCAGAUCCACGUUAUGUGCCAGUGAUUGAUGACGGCAGCACUGAGUGAGUGAGCUAAAUGUUACUGAAUCAAGUUGAAUUCACUUUAAAUUGCACUGAAUCAAAGUGAGUGACUCUAAGUGCGACUCUGAGCAGAGAGCCAAAAAGCGACGCUGUACCGGCAGCGGCGGCGGCCUCCAUCUGUGGCUCCAACGAACUUUGGGGAUCAAAUCCGACUCAUGCAAGAAGUCACGGCCGUCCCUCAGCCAAAGCUCCAUGAGUUCCACUGUUGGUCUCUGUGCAUUCUGGUGUUUGUUACGUUUUUUCCAUUGAGGGCUAUUUCUGGGGGUCAAAUUUGAAGUCAAACUUGAGCCGACGGGUUUGACGCGAAUUGUGCUCGAUUUGUUUUUAUAAAAAAAUAAUCAAAUUUUGUUGCAAAAAUGCACAUGCAGAAAUGUUGCACUUAUGCGGCUCUGUUGCCGCUGUAGAGCUGAGGAAGAUAUUUGAAGUUUGUAGAAAUUAUAGGAGUUUUUGGGUUUGUUUAGUCCACUGGCCACUUUGGCGGGUGAUUAUUUUCCUGCCGUUCUAACAAACGAACUUGAAACUUUUUGUAGUCCCAUCCCCGGUCCCGUCCAGCACCCACAACCAUCAGUGAUAGUCGAGUAUCAUCGUCCACUCUGCUGUGAAAUCUCUAGAAUCUUGCUUCAGUCUCGCUAGUCUAGUCGGUCUAUCUCUAGAAUGCUUUUUUAGCCUGUUUCGUCACCGUGUGUGUAGAUAUGUAAAAAAAAAAACAGUAGCUAUAAUAACCAGUUCCUGUCUAGACUGUCUUUGCCCAUCCAUCACUGUCGCUGUUGAAUAGAUUACCGCUCUUAGAAGCUUCUUGUCGCAGUCUUGUGUUAGCUUAGCCUCCACCUCGUCCUCUCCUCUGCCGGCAUCUAGACUCUAUAGCUCUAUUAUCUCUCUCGGUGUGUCUGUCUUUUAGCUGUAGAUGAAACCUUUCAGAGGCUCUCAGGCUUUGUGGUUUGCUCUUUCUCCUCGCUGUCGGCAUCGCUCCCGUGUUUGGUAGAUCACAUCUUAUUUCCUGCCUCGAUGUCAGCGGCUUACAACCCGUCUCUGGUCGGACCCAGACAGCGAAUCACAUGAUGUCCAGGUGUUUUGUGACGGAUCGGAAGAGACACACGGUGCUUUUCUAGAACCAAGUAGUCAACAAAUGGAAAUGAGCUUUAGUUUAGUAGAUUUCAGUCGCAGCUGGAAGGUUUGACAGUCGACCAGCUCUCGUUCAGGGCUACUUAAAGAGUUUUUUGAGUAGGAAACGUGUGAAUCCACUAAUCAAGUUCAGUUAGACUUUUAUUAUGCUUUCAUGCAAACUUUUUUGCAGAGAAAGAUGUCAGUGGUGGUCGCACAAACCUCCCACAGCCCAACAACGUAGUCGUCUUCUGGCAGGAACCUAAACUACCCUUCAAGGCACUUAAUAUCAUCUUGUCCCAUCCAUUUGAUACGUCCAAAUUCUUUCUGUCUCAGAUGGUUUGUUUAGAAUCAGUCACAGUUUAGUUUUCUUUACCUUGCGGUUUCCCUGAAUGUCACUCUGUACAAGUAUUAUAUGGAAAAACUUGCAACUUGAGAAGGAAUUGCAAAAUUUGGCUUUCAAGCCAAACAUGACUGAACAGAAAUCAGAUUUCUGGCGUUUUUCUGGAUGAACUUCCUCCAUCCUCACCGUCCUCUCCGGGGAACCUUUCGAGUCCCAACUUGGACACUCAUGAAAUGAUUCCCUUAAUGGAUGCUUCUGCUGUGGCACCAACAUUUUUUAAAUCCUUUGACAGCUGCCUUACUGUCUCUAAUCUUGUGUGAUGAAUCGGCGCUUCAGAAAGAGGAGUCGCUGCCGUGGCGCUGAUCCAGAAUCAGGUCGUCACUGCUCCUGGAUCUUUAGGUAAUUGAUCACAUCAGACUCCUGAUGUUCGUAAUAAUCUCGUUUGAAAAAUAAUUUGGCCGGCUUUGGUGUGAACAACGGCGUUUUGACUGCCAGAAUGUUCAUCGGUGACUUUUUUUUCUUUAAUGCUACAUGUUGUGUUCUUCUUGUUCAGUUAUUGGCUUUUCUUUCCGUUUUUUUUCCAUAUUUCUCUGCAUGGAAUCCGGUCCUGCCUGUUGCGACAAGGUUUUCUCUGUCUGUGUGUCUCAAGUGGUUUCUAAAUGUCCAGACUUCGGGGACGUAGAAACGGAGACCACCGUGGAGAUUGGGUCUCUUAAAGGUCUCCUUUAGCGUCGAUGUAACUGCCAGUAAUUACUACAGCUUUAUCAUGGAGGUGGUUUUGUUAUCCGGGGAGGGGUUUGGCCGAGCAUGCGGGCUCUUUUUCGGCGCUACCCUCCCUCAAAUUCAGACUCUUUUUGUCACAUUUACAGCUGGGAGUUUCCGACCACUGUUCUCUGGUCCGUUUGGGAUCAGUCCAGGCAGCCCGGCGGCGACGUCACAGAGUUUCUCUCGACUUUAAAAGCUGCUACCGCCUCUCUGCAUCGUUGUAGCAUGAAUCUAGGUGGAGAAGGAUCGACAAAUAAACCUUGAUGUCAUAUUAAAUCGUCUGUUCUCUGCUAAGGCCAAGUGUGUCAGAGAGCCGGACUCUUCUCUGGCCAGCCAUCUCUCUCUCUUUCCGGGGUCAGUGAGUGCAUGGUAUCGUUGUCAAUGUUUGUUGUCCUUUUUUUCCCAAAAAGCAUGAUAUGACAGUGAUGGUGAUGAUGAUGAUGAAUCCUCUCCUCUUGUCUCCGUUUUCAAGCCGUGUCGUCCGUCAAGCCGAAGGGAUCGCACUCGACCAAUCGUUUGCCGUCCGCGACAGCAGCUCCGUCACUCGUGAAUCUGACGGAUGUUUGCACUGUCGAUAAAUGAGCCACUGUAGCAAAAACGGAGCGCCAAACUUUUGUUUUGUUUUCCUUUUCCCAAAGAUCUCAUGUUUGUUGCUUGCAGCACACGUCCUCGACGGCGGGUUUGUGGCCGGAAAACCCAAAACGACAGAAACAAAGAGAGAGAGGCCGUUUAACGGAUAAAAAUUUCCUCAUUUUUUUUUUGUCAGUGAGUUGGUGUUGAAUCAAAGAUCUCUUGUGCACGUUCUGUUUUUUCUACAUCUGUGUUUUUUGGUAAGAACCCUCGGAUUGCUGCCUCACUUAUACUGUAUAUAGAGAAUUACAAACACUCACGACACAGAGCUUAAAGACAUAACCUGCAACUGCGUUAUUUUCCUUUACCCUUUAUUUUUCUGGAAGAUAUUAGUGUUCCUACAGCGGUAUACUCUGAUCACCACUCGGUGGGGGCAGGCUAACAGACAGACCUCCCCGUACAUCAGGAUCACCCAUGAAUUCUCAACGAUGCCAAAUGUUUUCGGAGCAGAGUACACCUUUUAAUCUGUCUGUCUCCUUCCCCCCUCCGUCUGUCUUUGUACAUUUUUUUUCUAUUUAUUUAAUGCAGAAAUAUAUGGAUUGUAUCAAGCAUGGAAAGGCAAACAAAUGUUACAGUUGACAAAAACAAAAAAAAAACCACAGGCUUUUAUUUUACAGCAGUAUAUUUGUUUAUUGUAGGGAUUUGUUUUCUCUCUCUCUUUUUUUUUUUUUUGGAAGAAAUAAAAAGUCAUUUUCCAUUCCUAAACAACCGCCUGCUUUUGAGUUUUCUUGACAGUCGCCGAAGGAGCUAAAGCUUCCUCUGCGAACCUUUAAAAUAUUCUCACACGACAGAAAUUCAAGGUCCUGAAAUGUCAAACAGUGGAGCCUCUGACUUUUAAUUGCAGCACUGCAGGGCUUGUGAAUGUGUUUUCUUAAUUCAGACUCUUUUCUAGUGAGAUCUCAACACACCCAGCACAUAUUUCACCCGUUUGGAUGGAGUUCGUCAGUCACCUAUUAGAUUUGUUUAUUUGACAUUAACACAGAUCUGGAUACUGAGGAGCUGGCCUUAAAUAAGAGAAUGUAGUCACAAACUAAAUCACAUUUAACUCCAUGUGUUUGCACAGAACUAGUGCAGAAAUACGCUAAGUAAACCCCAGAGAUGAAUCCUGACAGACGAAACUAUUAGCUUAAUUUGCGAUUUCAGCUAACUACAUACCCACCAGUACACUUAUUCAUACAACACUGCUGCGGUAGUCACUUUGAAAUGAACACAUAACUCUAAUGCGUAGAAAGCGUCAAAAGUACAGCAUCAAACCAGUGGAAAACAACACACCAGCAGCUGGGAGAACGGCAAAGUUGCUGCAUGUAGCAUUUUAGCAUCAUUAGAUCAAUUUGUUGAGAAAAAUACUGGAACUGUGAUGCCACUCAUCGGUUUGUAAACUUUGAAGACCCAAGGACACGAUGGAUGCUGAUGUGGAAGCGACCUCUCAAUCACAAGGUAGCCCCGCCCUAAAACACACCCCACUUCAUUGUCUAUAUUUCUCUAAAUUGGACUAAAAUUUGCAAAACUACCUUAAUACCAUGUUGGAGAAGACUUUAAAAAAGUGACUGAGAUCAUUGAACCUUCAGGUAAAUGUCCACUGAGGAAAUAAACCGACUGUUCGACUUUUAUACAUUUGAUUAUUUUUGCAACUGGAGGAGUCACCCCCUGCUGGCUGUUGAAGAGAAUGCAGCUUAAAAGCACUUUUUUUCCCCAUUUUAAGCAACACAGAUGUGCUGUUGGAUGUUUCAAAAUACAUUUAAAAUAUCCAUUUAAAGGUGCUAUAUGUAGCAUUUUUAGAUAAGAGUUAAUUUACUGAAAAUGAAAAUUAUUGUGGUUGAAAUUAGCAGGAACGCUGCUGCAUGAACAGCUGAAUACAUGAUAGUACAUUAAUAUAAGAUCAUCUGUAAAGGAAUGUGGAAAAUAUUAUCUAUGUUAAUUAACUCACAUUUUUCUGCAAAUCAAGCACAAUACAUUGAAUAUUUCUGUAUUUUGGAGUCUGCAGUGUUCACAUUUUUCUUAUUUUAUAAUUUAUAUUCAUGACUUGAACAUAUAAAUGUAAAACAACAAUGCUACACAUUCAGUUAGGAUGUCCUUUAACUGAUGAAUAAGUGUGAAAGUUUUGCACCACCAAGGUCAAAACACUCCUGAUUUAUCAUCUAUUUUCCUCUAAAUUGAAAUUAAAUAUAGAAAAUUAACUUCAUGCCGUGUUGACGGAGACAUUUAAAGAUCAUCAAAUCUUCAGGUAAAUGUUCACCAAAGAAAUAAAUCGACUUCUUGACUGUAAUACUUUUGAUUGUAUUUGCAGCCGUAUCAGUCGCCCCCUGCUGGCCGUUGGAGAAAAUGCAGCCUUAAAGCACUUUUUUUUUUCAUUUUAACUCCUAUUUUUCCUCAUAUCAACCACGAUACAUUGAGUAUUUCUGUAUUUUAGAGUCUGCAGUAUUCACAUUUUUCAUAUUUUCAUGAACCGAACAAUAUAAUUUAAAAAAAAAAACAAUGUCAUCAAACAUAUCCUGUUAUUAAGGCUUUUAACUGGUGAAUAAAUGUGACUUUAACCAACGUUUUGCACCACUAAGGUCAACAAAUACCAAUAUGAUGCUGUAUUCACUAUGAUUAAUUGUAGUUUGCCAACAGGAGCAUGCUUGUGGAUUUUUAGAAGAUGCUUUAACGUGGGAAACGUUCAAUUAAAACUCCUCUGCAGCACCUCUU